CAAACAAUCAAAUUCCCACUCUUGACUCUCAUCUUAUAGAUCGCUUCAAGCCAUACGUAAAGAUGAUGUUGCGACCUGGGUUCGUUGCGCUUUCGCGCUCAUUGCAACAAUCCUUUGCCACCACAGCUCGAUCUUCGAAUGGGAUGAUGAAAGGUGCCUCCACACGAUGGUCAUCUUCACUUUCUUCUUCUUCAGCUUUGCGUGCUCCAUUCUUACCAGCAGUUCGAAGCAGUGCAAUCAAGCCAUCUCAACCAUCUCUCACAAGCGUUCGCGGCGUACGUACCUCACCCUUCAGACCAAACAAUAAUGCCAAUUCCGAACGUGGAUUGUCAUUGAGCUUGCCACAUCAAGCAUCUUCUGGUCCAACGAGCUUUUCCCAACCCGGUGGCUGGACUAAAGCUUUGACAAGCGUUGGUAUUAUUGCAGGUGCAGCACUUGCUGCAAAUAUCUUCCUCAACAGACCUACAAGAGACGGACCCAUGGACGAAUUCAGCAGAAGUUACCUCAACCGUACAUUCGGCUAUUUAGCUGGUGGUUUAAGUUUGACUGCUGCGGGUGCAGUCGCCCUUCACCGAACAGGAUUCUCUUAUCGCUUGAUGGCCACAAAUCCAUGGUUGGUACUUGGUGUCGGUCUUGUUGCGUCUAUUGGUGGUAUGAUUGGUGCACAAUCUUUGCCUCCAGGACCAGGCAAGACAGCAUGUUGGUUAUUGUUCAACGCAUCACAAGCAGCCGUUUUGAGCCCUUUGAUGUUCUUCAACCCCGCUUUACUUGCCCGUGCUGGUCUUUACACUGCCGGCGUCAUGGGUAGUAUCUGUUACGUUGGUGCAACUGCUCGUGAUGGUCAAUACUUGUACCUCGGUGGACCUCUGUUGGCGGGACUUGUCGUUGUUGCUUUGUCAUCUGUCGCUCCAAUGAUCUUACCCGCCACUGCCGUUCGUGCAUUGGCCGCUACUGAAGCUUUGAGCUUGUACGGUGGUUUGGCCGUCUUUGGUGGAUUUACGCUUUAUGAUACGCAAGUGAUCUUGAAUCAUGCUCGUAUGGUCCAAGCAGGUGUUAAACGUGAUGACCCACUUGCAGAGUCCAUCAAAUUGGAACUUGACUUUAUCAACAUCUUUGUUCGUAUCGUUCAGAUCCUUGCCAUGCAACAGAACAGAAGGAAGUAAACAAACAAGCAAACAAUGCAAGGCAAACCUUGAUGUAAAACAAUAUAUGCGAAUCGACUUUUAUGUAAUUAAUCUCUGCUGAUCACCACUCAAUAUAAUUUGUAGUAUGGAACCUAACAGAUUGGAUAAGAAGAUAUAAAUUAAGAAUGCAUUUGAUGAAAAAGUUCGUUCAGUAUGUGUACAUAUACAUAAUUUCAAUUGCACAGGACAUAUUGCG